UCACACUGUCAAUUCUUGCAUAGCAUAAAUGCAGCCUACAAACCCAAAAUCCCAGCCCUUGGUUUUGCCUAACGAAAACAAUCCAACGGCUGAUAUUAGUCAUUCACAGUUUCUAUCUACCAGAGACAAAGCAAGGGGACGAUAUCUCUUAGUUUUCGUCCUCGGCGCCGUCCUCGUCUCUCAAUGGCCUAACAGUUUCGAGGUGAAAAUUGAUGUUUAGCACAGCAUUUGAAGUUGGACAUGGAAAUGGGGCCAUAAAAAAAUUUGCAAGUAUCACUAAACUUGAUGGUGCAGCAUGGAGUUAGGAUUUGUAAAAUGCACUGAAAGUGUUUGUUAAGUUGAGUUUCAACCAUUUUGAAACUAUCCUAGUUUAUAAUUUGGUAUGCAGCAGGAUUAACACAGAAACAUGGAAGUGAAAACCUCCAAUGAAGCAAAAGAGCUUAUGGACUCUUAUGUGACAUUGGAAGAUGAAGGUGAUGAAUGUUGUGUUGUGGAAGAUGUUGAAACUCCCAUAGUUUUGGAUGACGCCCAGAAGGAUGAUUCCGCAAGUCUUGACUUUUCUCAAUAUCUAACAGGCGGAGUUAUAGAACCAACACUGGAUAUGGAGUUCACUUCUGAAGAGGAUGCUAGAAAUUUUUACAAUGCAUAUGCUAAGCAAAUGGGGUUUAGCAUUCGUGUGAAUUCAUAUUACCGCUCGAAGAAAGAUAACUCAAUUAUUUCUCGAGAGUUUUGUUGUUCGAAAGAAGGUUUUCGCCGAGAGAAGCGUGCAAAGAUGGAGCUAGGUGAUGAUACAAGGAGGAGGCGUGCUCGGCCGAUUACAAGGGAAGGUUGCAAGGCAUUGAUGACUGUGAGAAGACGGGAUAAUGGAAGAUGGUAUGUAGCAAAGUUAGAGAAGGACCAUAAUCAUGAAUUAGUGACUCCAGCAAUGCGGCAAUUUCUUCGCUCCCAUAAGCAGGAAUAUGAUCCUAAGAAAGGUUCGGUUAACUCUCUCAGUUCACCUGUGAUGGAGAUGAGCCCUCCAAUGAACACCUUGACUGGUGAUUGUGACAGUUUUGGAAAGAUGGUGUUCCCUCAACAAGAUCAUGUUAAUUAUGUUGGAAGAGGACGGCUAAGCACCUUUGGCAUAGAUGCUCAAGGUCUCUUGGGGUUUUUUAAGAUUAUGCAAGUGAGUGAUCCUGCAUUUUUUUAUGCAAUACAGGUUGAUGAAGAAGAUCGGCUAAGUAGUGUUUUCUGGGUUGACACAAGGUCUAGAAUUGCUUACAAUUGUUUCUCUGAUGUAGUAGCCUUUGAUACAACUUACCAAGUGAAUCAGUAUAAAAUGCCAUUUGCACCUUUUACUGGAUUGAAUCAUCAUAAACAGUCAGUUUUAUUUGGCUGUGCACUGCUUGCAGAUGAGACAGAGUCCACAUUCAUUUGGCUUUUCACGACUUGGCUUGAAUCAAUGUCUGGACGGCAACCAGGCUUAAUUAUAACUGACUAUGAUUCAGCAAUAAGUAGAGCAGUACAACGGGUUUUCUCAGAAUCAAAUCACCAAUAUUGCAAGUGGCACAUCAUGAGCAAAAUGCCGAAGGAAAUGGGGCAUGCAUAUAGUGCACUACCAAAAACAUUUCAAGUGGAGUUUGAUAAAUGCAUUAAUAAGAGUGAGACACCUGAAGAAUUUGAAUCUGCUUGGGAAUUGCUCCUGGACAAGUACAAUCUUAGAGGAAAUGAGUGGCUCCAAUCACUAUAUUUUGAUCGCAAGGAGUGGGUCCCUACAUACAUAAGGGACAUAUUCUUUGCAGGAAUGUAUGCUACCCAGAGAAGUGGAAGUGUAAAUUCGCUUUUUGACGGCUAUGUCAAUGCAAGAACUACCUUACAAGAUUUUGCAGAGAAAUAUGAGAAAGCAUUGGAUGAUCGUUAUGAAAAAGAAGCGAGGGCAGAGUUUGAAACAUUUUACACAAAACCAGUUCUAAAGACACCACUUCCAAUGGAAAAACAAGCUGCAGAAGUUUACACAAGAAAAAUGUUCACAAUAUUCCAGGAUGAACUUUUUGAGUCUCUUGUCCUUGCUGUGAAAUUAACUGGAGCUGAUGAAGGAAGCCACACAUAUGAGGUGGCAAGAUUUGAUGAAGAACAUAAAGUGUACUUUGUUGCUCUUAAUGUUUCCAAACAAAUAGGUAGUUGUAGUUGCAAGAUGUUUGAGUUUGAAGGGAUCCUUUGCAGACACAUGCUUGCAGUAUUCAAAGCAACAAACAUUUUUACGCUUCCACCGCAUUUUAUAUUAAAACGAUGGACAAGAAGUGCUAAGGAUGAGGCUAUAUUGGAUGUAAUGCCCUGUGUUGAGAUGCAAGGUAAUUCUCAAAAAGGCAAGAAUUCACAAUACAAUAUUUUGUACCAAGAAGCCAUUAAAUGUGCAGAGGAAGGGAUGGCAUCUGACCAUAGUUUUAAGGUGGCAUUGAGUGCCUUAAGAGAGGCUAGGAUCAAAAUUAUUGGUGCUAAGAAUAAUGCCAUUAGUGCCCCAAAACUUGAAACCAUGGCCAGCGCAAGCUACCGGGAUGAGAGCAACACAAUUGGGAGUCAGGUAGACAGUACGUCAGUACUGAUCACUCCCCUCAAUCCCCGGAAAACUAAAACAAGAGGAUCUUCUACAGAUAAUAAUAUAUCCAAAUAUGCAUCUGAACUAUCAUCAAGCAGAACUAGGUUAUGCGCUAAAUGUAAGUGCCCAGGACAUGAUAGUCAUACUUGCUUGUGGUUGAAGGAUUCAGGCCCGAGCUCUAGCUUGGACCAUCAGAAAGAGAACUUUGUGUGCACAGACAGUCCAUGUGGAAUGGGAGACGACAUUCCUCUAAAAUAAGGGUUUUUCUCUUUUGAUAUUUGUUGAAGAACAAACAUGGGCUAGCCCAAAUAGUUCAGAUAAGGCUCUGCUGAGUUUUAAGGUGGAUUUAUUUGUAGGCAAUGUUAGCCUCUUUGUAUUCAUGUUUUACCGUUUUGAUAGAAGAUAUGUAAAAGGUUGUAAGGAAUGAGGUUCGUCGUAGUUUUGAAGUGAAGUUGCUAUGUUAAUUCUCUCAAGUGUUUUGAUUCUUGCUCAGGGUGAUGAGUGGGUGGGUUCCUAGGUUUGAUUCUCUGUAAAAAAAAGGGAAAGAAAAGGAAAGGAAAAGAAGAAGUAUUUGUGAGCCUGAGACUUUUUGAGAUUGUUCAUGAUGCGCUGUAUUUAGUUCAAGUUUUUGAUUAACAUAGAAUUUUUUUCGCUUUUACUGA